AUGCCAUUUCACCCUGAAAAUACAAGUAACCGGCGUUUGUUGUAUACCCCACAUUUGAAAAUCUCAGAAGCUGCUGCCGCUGUUCGUUCACAUACGUUAUAUUCAGGAAUCUUAUGCGUGAGUGGACAAGAUAGUUCAGAAGCCAAUGUGGAAUGUGAAGAACUGGAUGCUUCUAUCUAUAUUUUUGGAUCAAGAAAUAGAAACCGCGCAUUGGAUGGUGAUCAAGUCGUAGUAGAAUUGGUGGAUGUGGAUGAUAUGUUAGAUGAAAGACAAGCAAAGCGACAAGCACGUCAAACACGUCGUUUAUCAGCCAUUUCAUUACAGGCAUCGUUGGAUCAAUUAAAGGAUAUCAGCGAUCGACCCAAGUAUUGUGGAAAAGUAGUAUGUAUACUUGAAAGGCCAAGAAACAUGCUUUUUUCAGGUACUCUUUCGUUAAACAGACCUCAUGCUCCCUUGUUAGAUAAUGGCAGUCGUGAUAAAAGAGAUCCUCAUGGUCCUAAAAUUAUUUGGUUUAUACCUGCCGAUAAACGACUUCCUUUAGUUGCAGUCCCUAUUAAACAUGCUCCACCUGAUUUCAUAAAGUACCAUGAAGAAUAUAAGAACAGAAUCUUCAUUGGAAGUAUACAACGUUGGCCUGCUACAUCACUUCAUCCUUUUGGUGUCGUUGAAAAAGAAAUUGGCUGGAUUGGUGAAUUAGGCGUUCAUUCUCGAGCACUCAUGGCUGAUCAUCAUAUCAAAGACAUGGACUUUACUGAUUCAGUCAAGAAAGCAACAGGAUCUGUACCAACAGGAUUUACAGAUCAAGAAAGAAAAAUAAGACGUGAUUUGACAAAGGAAGGUAUCCAUCUAUUUACUAUGGGUGAACAAAGCAAAGACAUUGAUCAUGCGUUUUCUAUUGUUGAAGUCGAAAAAGGUCUCUACGAAAUAGGCAUUCAUGUGACUGAUGUCUCUAAGUAUGUGCGUCUCAAUACGCCUUUGGACCGGGAGGCUCGUGAAAGAUCGUGCGCUAUUGAGCUUGUAGACAAACAUAUUUCUAUUUUACCUCCUUCUUUUCUUGAGUCCCAUUGUAGCUUCAGUGUUGGUAAGGAACGCUUGGCUUAUUCUGUCAUGUGUCGAUUUACUGAGAAUGGGAUUUUGUUACAUACUUGGAUUGGAAAGACCAUUGUCAGUGUGAAGCAACAUGUUCAGCCAAAAAACCUAACGAAGGACGCAGAAACCUUACUGAAAAUCAGCAAAAAGCUACAGAUCAACCGCCUCAGAAAACUAGGAGGCACAAGUUUAGCCAAGUCAUGUGUUUCCUUUGAAUUAGCAGAAAGUGGAUAUCCAGAAAAAAUAGAAAGACAAGAUCAACAUGACGAGGAUGUGCUUAUUCAAGAACUCUUGAUUGUGGCCAAUACAGAAGUAGGGCAGAAAAUAUCAAGUCGUUUUCCAGAUCAAGCCAUGUUGUACAGACAAGAUUCACCCAAGUUAUCAAAAUUAGUAAGUGAUCUUUAUUGCUUUGGCUAUACAGCGUAUUUAUGA